CUAAGUAGGCUCCGAAGUAAAAGUAGCUACGUGUACACUUAGCUUCGUUAUAUUUUAGUACAGAAAUCUUUUUCUAUUCCUUUUAAACCAAAUUUAAGUGUUCAGGAAAUAGUAAACAAAAAUUUGUAUCGGCACUUUUCUUUUACACAAUCGUUUGGUUGUUAGGUCUAAGAAAUAAUAGUUUGCGCAUUGAUUGCUACCUGAAGCACAGAUGCCUAUUGGUAACUCACUGCCACUUUUAAAAUCCCGGCCGGAGCGGGUUAAUCCCCAAAGGACUACUGCAACUGCAACAGCAUCCGUUGAGAUGUUGACUCGUCGUCAAUCGGCGCCAGCGUUGGUUAUUCCGCCGGAGGAGACACACAUUGUGCUGGUCACGCGGAAAUCCCCGGAUACAACAGCCGCCGGAGAACUGGUGCCUUCCAGAAAGAAGGUGCAGUCGGGAAUUGUGGCCAAGGGGCCAUUGGACACGAUACGCAGUGGUGCCUCAGACGACUUUCUGAUUUCUUUGCUGGAGUGCCCGGUGUGCUUUGGCUAUAUGAUGCCGCCCAUUAUGCAGUGUGCACGUGGUCACCUGAUCUGCUCCUCCUGCCGCUCGAAGGUGAAUCUUUGCCCCGUCUGCCGAGUAUCCAUGACCAACAUCCGCAGCCUGGCCAUGGAGAAGGUGGCCUCCAAGCUGGUCUUUCCCUGCAAGCACUCGCACUUUGGCUGCAGGGCGCGACUCUCCUACGCGGAAAAGAGCAACCACGAGGAGGACUGCGACUGGCGCCCGUACUUCUGCCCGUAUCCGGAUGACAAGUGCUCCUGGCAGGGGUCGUUGAAGGACGUAUACCAGCACCUGAUGAGCUCGCACGAGAACGUGAUCACCAUGGAGGGCAACGACAUCAUCUUCCUGGCCACCAAUGUGAAUCUAGAGGGUGCCCUCGACUGGACAAUGGUGCAGUCCUGCCAUGGCCGGCACUUCCUCCUCUCGCUGGAGAAGAUCCACUUGGGGGAGGGCUGUCAGCAGUACUUCACCGCCUGCCGAAUGAUCGGAACCAUGCGGGAUGCCGCCGAAUUCGUAUAUAAUAUCUCCUUGGAGGCCCAUAACCGCACUCUCCGCUGGCAGUCCAAGCCGAGAUCAAUCCGGGAGAGCUUCGCCUCGUUCACCAACGCGGACUUUCUGGUGCUUAACAAGUCCACCGUCGAACUGUUUUCUGAGGACGGCAAUCUCGCCCUGAACGUGGUCAUUAAGAAGGUGCAGGGGAAUAGCCACUAAUCCCACCGUAUCUCUUCUACCCUAUAAAUCGGUUGUCGUCCCUGAUCGGUAGCCGUUAGCGUGUUAUAUAAAUGAUAUUGAAUAAAUACAUUUUAUGUGCCAAGUUGGCCCAACGAA